AUGAGCAAUGAAUUGCGAAAUCUGACAAAAAAGGAAAGACAUGUUCGGAACACUAUUGAUACAGUGCAUCAAUUUGUGGACGGCUUUGUGGAAGAAAGAGACCAAGAGCAAGUGGAAAUUCGUUUGCAUCUGUUGGACAAGGCAUUCAGUGAAUUCAUGGAAGUGCGGCAGAAGAUUGAAGUGCGUCUCGACGAAAUUGACGAAGAAAGGUAUGAGGCAGAACCAGGCGAAUCGGCGAAGGCUCGUUCAGCGAAGUUGGAGGCUGCGUCCAUGCAAAGAGAUGCUGAGAAUGCUGCUGUUGCCAGUGAGGUGGAGAAUUUGUACUGCAAACUCAAGGCCACUUUGGAGCGGUUACGUGUUAAAGCUAAGGAAAACAGUUCGGCAACAAAUUCGGUUUCUUCGAUGUCGUCGAUCAAGCUGCCUGAGAUCAAGCUACCGCAGUUUUCUGGCAAAUUACGGGACUGGGUCCCAUUCAGGGAUGCAUUUCACAGCCUGAUACACCAGAACGUGAAACUAAACGAUAUGGAUAAGUUCACGUAUCUUCGUUCAUCCUUGUCUUCCGAGGCCCUGCAGGAGAUAGAGAUGAUCGAGCUUUCAGCGGCGAAUUACACCGUGGCCUGGAAUGCGCUAGAAAACCGAUAUCAGAACAAAAAACUGAUCGUGAAGGCGCAUUUGGAUGCGAUUUUCAACGUGGAGUUCAUAAAACGUGAGAGCUACGAGUCGCUCAAUAACGUAGUCAGUGAAUUCGAGAAGAAUCUUCAAAUGCUUGACAAGAUUGGAGAAAAUACAGCUGGCUGGAGUACUAUGCUCGUCCAUAUGGUUUGCGCACGACUUGAUCCAGUUACGCUGCGACUCUGGGAGACCAAUCACAACUCGAGAGAAGUUCCACAGUACGUCAACUUGAUUACCUUCUUGAAGAACCAUUGCGCAGUCCUUCAAUCAGUCGGCCAAUCCAGUAGGCCGGUUCAACUAGAGGUCAGAAAGCCGAAGUUUGGAGUGAGCCAUCCAUCCACUACCGGGCGAUGCUGCUUCUGCUCGGAGCCAUUCCAUUUGGCCUUUUUCUGCAAGAAGUUCCAGAAGAUGAAGCUUUCAGAUCGGUACGAUGCUGUGAAGAGAAACGGAUUGUGCCUAAAUUGUCUUUCAGCCGGUCAUCUAGCACGCGCUUGCAGCAAGGGAUUCUGCCGUCUUUGCGGAAAACGACACAACACGUUGCUUCAUCCGUCGAAUGAUUCGGCGAACAGUGCAACACAAAGAUCCUCCGUUUCACAGACGACACGACGACCCCCAAGUGAAUAUCAACAAAUCCAACAGUUAGCACAAUCGAGACCACAAAACCAAAACAUAGCACGUCACACACUCCAAGCCGCACCACCCACAGUUGUCAAUACACCGUCGCAAAGCACAAACUCGCUCCCAGCUACAGACCCACCACACACUAAUCAAAACACAAUAGCACUACACUCCCUCGCACAAUCUUCCAAACGCCAAGUCUUGUUAUCAACCGCCAUUGUACGAGUGAAGGAUCGUUUUGGCAACUCUAAACUCGCACGAGCAUUGCUUGACUCAUGCUCUCAAUAUUGCUUUGUAACCGAAAGGUUUUGUCGAAAGCUCAAUCUAGAGCUAUUUCCUGAUUUCUUGGCUAUACAAGGCAUCGGAAACUCUGCAGGCAUUUCCAAAAACGCUGUGCUGAUGACAGUCAGCCCUCGGAUGUUAGGCAUUUCAACUUUCGAAGAAGACAUCCAGUUCAACGUGUUGCCCAAACUCACGAUUUCCCUGCCGGCUGAGAGUAUCGACAUUGGCCAAUGGAACAUUCCGGAGCGUAUUGAAUUGGCGGAUCCUCAUUUCCAUGAAAACGGCGAGAUUGACAUGCUGAUUGGUGCUGAAUAUUUCCUGAAUUUGCUCAGAGAGGGGCGAUUGAAGGCGUGUGAAGGUGGACCGACUCUACAGAAUACUGUUUUCGGUUGGAUCGUGGCCGGUCAAGUUCCUGAAUGGUCGCUUCCUAGUCCGCACGCAGCAGUUUAUCUUUGUUCUCUAUCGGAGUUGAACGACCAGCUCACCAGGUUUUGGGAAUUAGAAACGUGCCACACCAAGAACACUCACUCAGUCGAAGAGAUGAUGUGCGAGGAGAUCUUCAAAACCACUACCACCAGAGAUGAAAGCGGACGCUUCGUAGUGACUCUGCCAAAGAAGAAUGACGUUAUCCAGCGAUUGGGAGACUCCAGGAGUACCGCAUUGAAACGGUUUCUAUGUUUGGAGCGACGGUUUGCGCUAAAUCAAGACCUAAAGGCAUUGUACUGCGACUUCAUCCACGAAUACCAAUCGAUGGGACACAUGAAAGAGGUUCAGGACAUCCAGACUGCAGAAACAGUUUAUUACCUGCCACAUCACGCUGUUUUAAAGCCCGAAAGCACCACGACGAAGCUGCGGGUCGUGUUCGACGCUUCAUGUCAAAGCUCAACUGGAGUGUCGCUAAACGAAGGAUUGAUGGUGGGUCCAGUCGUCCAAGAAGACCUGUUCGCAAUCAGCAUGCGAUUCAGAUUCCAUCCCAUCGCGAUUGUUGCAGAUGUUGCCAAAAUGUACCGUAUGAUUAACGUGCAGCCAAAAGACCAGAACCUACAGCGCAUCUUUUGGAGAGAAUCUGCCAAUGAAGAACUUCGAGAGUUCCAGCUGACGACGGUGACAUACGGUACAGCAUCGGCGCCGUACUUGGCAACGCGAUGUUUGCAGCAACUAGCAAUUGAAGGUGAAGGUACGCAUCAGACAGCAGCAAGGAUUCUGAAAAAAGACUUCUACGUGGACGAUAUGAUUACCGGAGUUGAAGACGUUGAAGAAGGCGUGAAACUAGUCAACGAAAUGAUCAUGCUAACGAACACGGCGGGAUUCGUGCUCCGAAAAUGGAAUUCCAACUGUGAGGAGAUAUUGGCCAAUCUUCCAGCUGACCUGCGCGACGAGCGCCCAGUAUAUGAGUUAGACUCAUCCAGAGCCACCAUUAAAACUCUAGGCUUGGCCUGGGAUCCCCAUUGCGACUCGUUCCGCUUUUCUGUUCCCAAGUGGAAUUCGACCACCAGUAUUACGAAGCGCAUCGUGGCCUCUGAUGCUUCGAUGUUGUUCGAUCCUCAUGGAAUAGUCGGUCCAGUGGUGGUUCAAGCAAAAUUAUUCAUCCAAAAGCUGUGGAAGCAUAGCUACACAUGGGACGAACCGCUACCAGAUGAAUUGCAGGAGUAUUGGCGUGAAUAUCGGAGAAAUCUAGUCGCCCUCGAGUCUCUAUCAGUUCCACGUUGGGUUGGCUACAGCAGAAAUUGCUCCGAAGUACAGCUCCAUGGAUUUUGCGAUGCAUCCAACAAGGCUUACGGAGCUUGCUUGUAUCUAAGGUGCGCACAUACAGACGGUGAAAUCACUGUACAAUUGAUAACAUCCAAAUCGAGAGUCGCUUCUCUGGAUGAUCUCAAGAAGAAAAAGCGGAAGCAAUCCAUUCCGCGUCUGGAGCUCUCGUCUGCCCUUCUGCUCAGCCAUUUGUUGGAGACUUUUCAAGCCAGUGUCAAGAUUCAAAUGAAAGUUUUUCUAUGGACCGACUCUAUGAUAGUCCGUUGCUGGUUGGCAUCCCCUCCCUCGCGAUGGCAAGUGUUCAUUGCAAAUAGAGUAUCGGAGAUACAGUACUUGACGAGAGACUGUGAUUGGAAUCACGUACCCGGAGCUGAAAAUCCAGCGGAUAUUGUAUCUCGUGGUAUGACGCCAGCUCAAUUGCAUUAUCAGUCCAUGUGGUGGAACGGUCCCCUUUGGCUGCGACAAAAUCAACAUACCUGGCCUGCGGAUUCUCGAGUCACCGAAGAGCAAUUUGAUGCUGAAAUGCUGGAAAAAAGACGUGCUGUUGCGUUGCCUGUAGCAGUCGUACCGUCGAGUGAAGUAUUUUCGUUACGUUCCUCACUUACAACACUAGUACGUCUGGUGGUUCUUCUUCGUCGCUUCAUGUUCAACGUUCGACCGCAGAACAGAUCCUGUCGCAAAACUGGACCCAUUACCCGAGAAGAGUUCGAGGAUAACUACAAGUUUCUAAUCCGCCUAGCCCAAUCGGAAUGUUUUACCCAAGAAUUGUUGGAUUUGAGAAAGGGGAGACAGGUCAAAGAUUCGUCCAAAAUUCAUAGUCUACACCCCCAAAUGAUUGAUGGGUUACUCCGGGUUGGUGGCCGGCUGCGCAACGCACCUGUUUCAGAGAAUCGGAAACAUCCAAUCAUACUGCACCAUAGUCAUCAGCUGUCCAAGGUAAUCCUCACGGAUUUUCACCAAAAACUGUGUCACGCUGGCCAACAGUUGCUCGUUGCCAGUGCAAGAGAGGAAUUCUGGAUUACCUCCAUUCGCAGUCUGGCUCGCAAGGUGAUUUUUGAGUGCGUCAGAUGUUUCCGUUCAAAACCAAGAGUCUUACAGCAGCUGAUGGCGGAUUUGCCUCCCGAAAGAGUAACUCCGACGUCACCAUUCCUCAAGGUUGGAGUGGAUUAUUGCGGCCCAUUCUUGGUCACAUACCCAAAUCGUCGCUGUAGCCCGAAGAAAUGUUUUGUGGCAGUAUUCGUGUGCCUAGUUACCAAGGCAGUUCACCUAGAACUCGUUGCUGACUUGACCACAGAGGCUUUCGUUGCUGCUCUAAGGCGAUUCGCCGCACGGCGCGGGCGACCAACUGUCGUUAUGUGCGAUAACGCCAAAAAUUUUGUGGGAGCUAAGCGAGAGCUGGAAGAGCUACGACGUUUAUUCGAAGGACAGCAAUUCCAAGAUGCGGUUACAGCAGAAGCAGUGAAUGAGCGGAUAGACUUCAAGUUUAUUCCAGCGAGGUCCCCAAACUUUGGCGGCCUUUGGGAGGCCGCUGUAAAAUCAUUCAAAGGAGCGUUCAAGCGGACCAUUGGCACGAACAUUUUGCAGUACGACGAAAUGAUUACAGUCCUCACGCAAGUUGAAGCCGUCUUAAAUUCGAGACCCCUAACUCCCAUUAGUAAUGACCCAGGGGAUUUUGAGGCACUCACACCCGGUCACUUCCUCAUUCAACGACCAUUGACAGCUUUGGCUGAUCCAGACAUGGGAGCGGUGCCUGCAAAUCGUUUGUCUAUCUGGCAGAGGUCCCAGAACUACGUUCAAAUGCUGUGGAAGAAAUGGACGACUUUGUAUCUGUCGGAUUUGCACAAUAGAACCAAGUGGACAAAAGAACGGGACAACAUUGGAGUGGGAACCAUGGUGCUUUUGAAGGAGGAACAAUUGCCCCCGUUGAAGUGGCCACUCGGCCGCGUUACCAAGAUUGUCCGUGGACAAGACAACAACGUUCGUGUUGUGGCCAUUCGGACACAAACCGGAGAAUUCUUGAGGGGUAUUUCGAAAGUUUGCGUGCUCCCUAUCCGGGACAACGCAGACGUAAGAAACGAGGAAAGUCAACAUUCCUCCACCAGUGAUGUUGCGGCAACCGCGGAGGCCAACCGGCCUCCGCAGUCCAGUUAA